AGGUUGGUAAAUGAGUUGGCAGCCCUCCAGCGAUCGAAUGGCCCUGCCAACACCAACUGCUGUACUUUUGCCUGGCAGUGCUGUCUUUAUUGAGUGAGUGUGCCUUUCAUUGUGUGUGUGAGAUCCAGUGGCAUGUCAAGAAGUUGCGCUCUCUGAGAGGGUUGUAUGCUUCUCGAAUGGUAACCCACGCUGCUAUGCGAAGAGAGCGACUACGCCUCUGACUUUCAGUUUGUUGUGGCCCCUUUAUUUAUUUAUUUUGCCGGUGGUUUAUAUUCUCCUCCCGUUAAGAUUCAAAUGUCCAGGUAAUCAAAUCGAAUCAAUCUAGUUCUCCUGUGCUUUAGAAUCAAGAACAAUUGCCAUUUGAAAUUGGAACAUUCAUUUGCAACUGCAUCACUUGUUGGCAACAACACGAAGUUCUAGCGUUUAUAAUUGCAAAACACUUGUGACAGCAGCAACUCCCGCGUGCACGGAAGCAGCAAGCGACUUGAACCCCAGUUUAAUAAGCGAAAACUCGUGAUAAAAGCACUGACAUAGAUUAAUUGCAGCAUUUUUAAAACCAAUUCAGUUUCAUAUAUCAAAUGAAUACACGCCGUCGGUCCAUAGCUCCACCACAAAACGUUUACGCCAUUAAUGCCAGAAUAUGUAAUUUGGUGAAACUACAUCCUUGUCUAUACGAUCGUCACGAUGACAACUACUUGCGGAAAUCGACUGUGAAAAAUGCGUGGAAGGAAAUAUCUAAUGAGCUGCGAAUUACGGUUGAAAGCUGCAAGGAACGUUGGCACAACAUUCGCUCCAGCUAUGCCCGCUCUAUUAAGCUGCAUCACGGUGAGAAUACGUACUAUCUUAGCAGCGAGCUGACGUUCCUGCAAAGGCACAUUACUCCCGGAGUUCCCUUUCCGCUCAGAGGUCGUAGGACAAGACCCAGGGCUCAGAAGGAGCAUGACGAAGCGGAUGUCAAAACUCCCCUAGAGGCAAUCCUUGAGAUGGUGCACUCCCCGAGCUGCCUGGAUUCGGAGCAUGCGCAGAGCCGCCACAGCACCGACUCUGCAUCGGCGACGGAAGUUGAGACAUCACAAUGUAAUAAUGAAACAUCAUCAAUCAUGGAUUUCGGGGGCAUGGUACCUGCAGAAAUGCGCACAGUGAGCGACAGCGGGAAGACAUCAACCCGCAGUAUUAAAGCAUGGCCAAUCAUGGAUUUCGAUGACGCAUUCCUGCAUGGACUGCGUCCCGAAAUCAAGCACAUGAACUUCCGCCAGAAGCUGUACUUCAAGCGUCGUGUGUACGACCUGCUUGGCGAGAUAUUCCAUUCCGAGGAGUCAGCCUCACCAACCCACCCGGCGCAGCCACAUCCCAGGGAGAAUGUCAACGGAACGCUAUCCACAACCUCGUGUCCCUCCCCGGCGAAUCCACUGCAGCACUUGGGACUAAUGUUGCAGCUACCAAAGCGGGUGGCCAAUGCAAGCCAAGAUUUGUAGCUUGCGAACUGCUCAUAGCAAAGCUUUAAUCCACUGAUAUCGAAUUUAUGUACAGUACAUAGGACAAAUAACAUUUUAAAUUGUUUUUAGGAAUAUCCCCAUAAUGUAUAAACAGCCUAAUGUGAAGUUGACAUAAAAACUAAAUAAAUGAAUUUUUCUAAAUUCAAAACUA